UUCCGCUCCGGCACAGUAAUGGCGUCGACUAGUGUCGGAGACGGCGUGAGAGAAGCUCCAAGUGGAAAGAAAUUGAAAAAGAGCAAAGAACAAGCGGUGGAUGAAGCUGAACUCCUGACUGUUCCUGAUGGAUGGAAGGAGCAGCCGUUCACCAAGGAGGACAACCCGCGAGGUUUGCUGGAGGAGAGCAGCUUUGCCACUCUUUUCCCCAAAUACAGAGAAGCCUACCUGAAAGACUGCUGGCCACUCGUGGAGAAAGCUUUAGGAGAAGUGAAUAUAAAAGGCUCCCUGGACCUGAUUGAGGGCAGCAUGUCUGUCUGCACCACCAAGAAGACCUAUGAUCCCUAUGCCAUUAUCCGAGCUAGAGACCUGAUCAAACUGCUGGCCAGAAGCGUUCCAUUUGAGCAGUCUGUACGGAUACUACAGGAUGACGUGGCCUGUGACAUCAUCAAGGUCGGGACCUUGGUGAGGAACAGAGAGCGGUUUGUGAAGCGACGGCAGCGGCUGAUCGGCCCCAAAGGCUCCACAUUAAAAGCACUAGAACUGUUAACCAGCUGCUACGUGAUGGUGCAGGGGAACACAGUCUCUGCGAUCGGACCCUUCAAUGGACUGAAGGAGGUUCGAAAGGUUGUCAUGGACACCAUGAAGAACAUCCAUCCCAUCUAUAACAUCAAGACUCUGAUGAUCAAGAGAGAGCUCUCCAAAGACCCAGACCUGAGGAUGCAGAGCUGGGAGAGAUUCCUGCCUCACUUUAGACACAAACACCUCAACAAGCGCCAGCAGCCCAAGAAGAAGCAUGUGAAGAAGGAGUACACACCCUUCCCCCCACCACAGCCUGACAGCAAGGUGGACAAAGAACUGGCGACAGGCGAGUACUUCCUGCGUGAGAGUGUGAAGAAGAGGAAGAAAAUGGAGGAGAUAAAGGUCAAACAAGCAGAAGCUGUGACUAAAAAGCAGCAGCAGAGGAAUCAAGCAUUUGUUCCUCCUAAAGAGAAGCCGCUGCUGAAGAAGACCAGCAAAGCUCCGGAAGAAGCGCAUCUGGACAUCCAGGCUAUUAAAGACAAAGUGAAAAAAGCCAAAAGUAAGAAGCUGGGCGCCCCUCCUGCCACCCCAGCUCCCACUGUCGUCAGCCGCGCCAGCAACAAGAAGAAAAUGAACAAAAUCAAAAAGCAGAGCUGAUGGCGACGGUCACGUGACCUUCAGACAGACACGUGUUUGUCUUGAAAGUUAACAGCAGAACUUUUUUACACGUUUAUUUGUAAAUAUUUAUAUUUCCUCUGGUGAAUCUGUGAUCACAACUUCUAAUAAAAUGAAGGAAAAAAAGAUUUCCUGCUUCUGGUCAAAUGACCAUCUCAAAGUAGACUUAAGUAGACUUUUUUUGUUUUCUGUGGUCAGUGUUUAUACAAAACAAAUUUCCACUGCAUUAGUUUCCAUGGUCUGACAAUUCUUUAGUAAAACACACAUUUUGCAUUCCUAUCUUGCUAUAUAUAUUUUUGUAUAUUUGCAUUGCAAACUCAUUGCUUGUCUGGUAAUAUUUAUUCACAAAUUUAGAUUAUUUAAGAAAUCUGUAACCACUUGUGAAGAAUUCCUCGCAGUGCGUGCUGCAGAGGUGUUCCUCUGUGAUGUAUGAAGGAGUUCCUUUGGGUCAGAGGCCCAGGUGAAGGCAUGUUUUAUAUAUACUCAGCUUUUAUGAUGUGGGUUGACCGUCUCCAUGACACAAAAUGGCGUCUACUCAUAGCAGAAGACGUUGGGGUAAAAGUGGUGGACCACAUACGCGGCCACGAAUGUGCAGAUGAGGGCAACCGGUCGCGUGACCAGAACAGCAACGUAGCUGGUGCCGCUUGAUUUGAGGGCAGGAUCCCAGUCUGGGGUCCAGUUGUAACC